CGGCAAGCUCAUGCACGCGGUGCAGUUCAACAGUUACGGCGGUGGCGCCGCCUCACUAAAGCAUGUUGAAAUUGGGGGUGCCAGUCCCUAAGAAAGGUUCUGAUAUUACCGGGGAGGUAGUGCAAGUUGGUUCUGGCGUUCAACGAUUCAAACUUGGUGACAAAGAUGGAGGUGGAUUGGCAGAGUAUGCGGUCGCAAAGGAGACCAUGGCGGCCACAAGGCCACCUGAAGUGUCGGCGGCGGAAGCCGCGGGCCUCCCCCUGGCUGCACUGACCGCUCACGAGAUGUUGACCCGAGUCGCCGGGGUCAAACUCGACGGGAGCGGUCCCCGGAGCAACGUCCUCGUGACGGCCGCCUCCGGCGGCGUGGGCCACUACGCGGUCCAGCUCGCGAAGCUGGGGAACGCGCACGUCACGGCGACGUGCGGGGCCCGCAACGCGGAGCUCGUGAGGGGCCUGGGGGUGGACGAGGUGCUCGACUACAGGACGCCCGAGGGGGCGGCCCUCGCCAGCCCCUCGGGGAAGAAGUACGACGUGGUGGCCCACUGCGCGACGGGGAUCCCGUGGUGCACUUUCGAGCGCCACCUAAGCAAGGACGGUAAGGUGGUCGACAUCACCCCGAGCGUCGCCACCUUUGUGACGUCGGCGUGGAAGACGAUCACGCUCUCGAAGAAGCGAUUGGUGCCGAUGUUUACCUCUCCGAAUGGGGAGGGGUUGGAAUACCUUGUGGGGCUGGUGAAGGAGGGGAAGCUAAGGGUAGUCAUAGACUCAAACUAUCCCUUGAGGAAGGCGGAGGACGCUUGGGGCAAAAGCAUUGGGGGACAUGCCACUGGGAAGAUCGUUUUGGAGCCAUAGCUCUUUAGAUCUUUAUUAUUGAUGUUGUGGUUUGAUCAUAGUAGCUAUUAUAUGAUUGUCUUACAUUGUCUUUUCCUUAUAUAAGUUGUACUGUAUUAUUAUUUUUUGUGUCAUAAUUUUAUGUAUUGUACAAUUAUAUAUUGCACUUAUGAAUUUGGAAAAAACAUGCCUGGUGUAUGUUAUGAGGUGUGUUAUGUUUGAACUAUUGGCAUGUCACAAAUUAUUUAACGGAGAACAAAAUUGCGCUAUUUAAAUUAACAAAAGGUAAAUAGCGCU